AUGACAGCUGCUGAGGAUGACUUUGGCGUCAGUCCGACUCUCGGGUCUAACGAUGCUCUCGACUUUUCACAUGAGGUACAAGAUUGUCUAUAUGCAUCUAGGACGCCGCACCUCAGACAACGUACGAAACAAAAUCUCAACAUGCUGUCAUCCCUUGAACCCCUGGAGGAGAGAUUCAGACAGGUAGAAGAAGAAAGCGAGAGGAGGGCCAUGCAAGAGCAAGAACUGUCAGCAAAUGAGCUAGUUGACCCCGAUUUUGUCAGCUCAAGCAGGCGGGGACACCAACGGAAGAAGAGUGCUGUGUCUGUUUCACGAUUCGGCCAGCCUUCAGACAGCAAUGGCGCAAGUAGUUCCACCUCACCCACACCUUCACUGCUUGCUGCUGUUGCCCACAAGUCGACAUUCUAUCAUUCAUUAGCAAACCCCAGAAGCAUGGAUUCCUUCAUUUCCGAAGGCUCAGAAGACGAAUCUCACCAUUUAGAAGACGACCAGCAGGUGACACAAGUCGAACAAAUACAUGGUCGUCAACCUUUUCAAAAGACAGUUGAUGCCAUACUACCCCGACGUAUGUCUCGGUCGCACUCAUCAAAUGUACUCUCGCCGAACACGCACCUGGUCAUUGACGUUUCUAUCGAAAAGGCAACAGUGGAUGCUGCAUAUGCGCGCUCUGAGGAUAUUCACACCACCACCAUUCACGCAACCAACGCAGGAGAGCUACGCCCUAGAACGUCCCGGAGUAUUAACGCACUUGGCGCCAAGCCACUGCCAACUGGGCUAAUAGAACGGGCGAAAUCUUUCGCUCGUAAAUUCGGACGGAAAAGAAAUCCCGAAUCUGGAUGA